UAAAGGUUGUUAAAUGCUUGGGCAUUGAAGAACAAGUAGCAAUAUUCUUGGGUGUUCUUGCACACCACAACAAAAACAGAGCCCAACAACACUUACUUUGGAGGUCUGGCGCAACCGUUUCUUUCUAUGUGAACAAAGUUCUAGGUGCGGUUCUUAGUCUACAUGUUGACCUUCUAACUCCUCUGGUUUCUAUAGGCGACGACUUUACCGACCACCGAUGGAAGUUGUUCAAGGGUUGCCUAGGGGCUCUCGACGGCACACACAUCAAUGUGUUGGUUAGGUCCGCCGACAAACCAAGGUAUCGAACGCGAAAAGGCCAGAUUGCUACCAACACUUUGGCGGUGUGCAAUCGCAAUAUGCAAUUCGUGUACUUUUUACCGGGAUGGGAGGGAUCCGCCGACGACUCGCGUGUACUACGUGAUGCUGUCGCUAAACAAAAUGGGUUUAAGGUCCCAGAAGGCUGUUAUUACUUGUGUGAUAAUGCAUAUGCAAACAGCAACGGCUUCCUCACUCCGUAUAAAGGGGUCCGAUACCACCUUAAGGAGUGGGGGCCGAGGAUGGAAGCCCCUCAAAACCCUAAAGAAUUGUUCAACAUGAGACACACUAAAGCAAGAAACGUUAUUGAGCGUACUUUUGCGGUGCUAAAAAUGCGUUGGUCGUCGCUACUCACAACUUUCCGCUUCUUUCCAGUGCCCUUGGUCGUCGUAGAUGUCACUCUACCUUCAUUGCCAGAACCAUCGUCAUGAAGGUCAGUGUGGGGUGGGCCUCCAUGGGCCUCAGAAUCUAAAACAUCAUCUGUAGAGGGUGAGAAGUUGUUCUCAUUACACUCGCUCACAGUGGCUCGUUGUGGGCGCAAUUCUGCAGCAGCUUUUUGAACUUCUUCAGCCGCACCUCCGCUAGCUCGAUCCUUCCCAAAAAUCAUCUGCCAGGUUGCCUAUAGCGGCCACGAUUUGGUCCGCAUGCCCCGUGCAUUUUUAUCAGCCUGCCAGUCAUGGAAAAAUAACUUGGUUAACCUGUUAGACCACUCCCAAAAUCUAAAACAUAACUGUUUAGACACCAAAUGCAAACAGAAACUAAACCAUGACUACCUGCGCC